AUGCCAACGAUUACUCCUGUACCAACUCUGCCUUGGAACUACAUUGCAAAUUUAACCGUCCGGCUGUGCGAGGGACGUUUCUCUACCAGCCACGAUGUUACCAUCGGAGUAGAAUUCGGCUCCAGAAUAGUCCCAGUCGGUCCUCCCGCGAAUGCUUCUCUGGGCAUCGGCGUGCCGAAUGGUCGUUCCAACGCUAGCCCCAAUGGCGAACAGAAGAAAAUGAAGCUUUCGUUAUGGGACACAGCGGGUCAAGAAACAUACAAGAGUAUCACACGGAGCUAUUUUCGCGGUGCCUCUGGAGCGCUGUUGGUCUUCGACAUUACGAGGAGAAGUAGCUUUGAAUCUGUUACUUCGUGGCUGAACGAUCUAAGACAAAUUGCGGAAGAGGGGAUUGUGGUGAUCCUGGUGGGCAAUAAAUCCGAUCUUGCUGCGCAAAGCACCGAUCUAGAUGGUGGUAGCAAGCGUGCGGUAACUCGAGAAGAGGCAGAAGACUGGUGCAGGAGAGAAAACAUUGUGAAAUACGUCGAGACCAGCGCCAAAAGCGGCGAAGGAGUCGAGCUGGCUUUCCUUCAAGUCGCAGAAAGAAUUUAUCAGAAUAUCGAGGCUGGCAAAUACGAUUUGAAUGAUCGAAGAAGUGGUGUCAAGGGUUAUGGAACUGGAACAGGACAGAAAGAAGGCAAAGCACCCAAAACCGUCAAUCUCACCAUGAACGACGCCGUCAAAAGCGGGCAAGGCAGAAAUUGCUGCUAA